CGGUUAUUUAUGAAUCACUUGUUGCGUUGGCGAUGCCUGAGCAGGAUCAGAACGUGCUGGGAGGGUACCUCAGCCGGCUGGGGGAGUUUGCGGAUGAACAUAUUCACGUGGUGCGGGUAUGGGGGUCGUUCCGGUGCUCUCACUCAGGCAGCUAGAGUCACUUUUCGGUCAGGAGUCUUCACUGCUCGAAUAUUUUAGCUACCAGAAAAAUGGCUGAACGGUCAGCCUUUGUGGAACCUCGGUACGGGCCUGGCAGUGGUCGGAGUUGUGAUGUUUGCCAGAAGCGUCAGACUAUUUACUAAAUUUACUAGUGCUGCAGAGAUACCUGAUAAAUUUAUUGAAAAAAGUGUUAAACUUCGAGGGAGAGUACAUCAUAUAAUGAAAAAUGGACUAGAACUAGAACAUAUUCCCAUUACCCUUCCUGUUAUUUCAUCACUACAAAGAAGAUGGCAAUCAAAUGGUCAUCUGAUGGUCAGGCUGGCUGGCUUGCAAAUAACUGAUGAGGGCAGAGCCUGGUUAAGAGAACAAAUAAAACCACCUCAUGUUGUUUGGUUUCAACCUCUGAGGAGGGAGAAUUCUUUUAUUGAUUGCAUUGUAAGAUUAAACAAGGGUGGUUUUUACUCGGUCUCUCUAAAUGAAGAGAUUUUGAGGAAAGGCCUUGGGCGAACUGUUAACAUUGAGGGCCUAAAUUCUAAUCCUAAACUGUACUGGAGAUUGCAGACAAAGUUGCUUAGAGCAGAGCUAAAAGCCAUGAAAAAAGGUAAAGGCAUCUGGAAAAGACCUACUUUAUUAGAAAAAAUUUCGAAUAAUGCACAGCAGUAUAAGAUUUUGCAUAACAUGCUUAAUCUUUUCUCAUGGGUCAAAUCUCUCAGAAAAAAAUAAGCUAAUCAAUUGUAGAUACAGUUUGUAUAGUAAAUCUAACUGCUUUCUAAGUAGUUUGUCAUGUUUAAGUAUGUAAUUAUAAAGUGCAAAAUGUGUUAUCCUUGUUUAAAAAAGAGAGACCCAUUUCUUACUAUGCAAAAUGUUGCAUCUCGCUAGCCCAUUCAGAAAUGGAAUUAUUUCAAACCACUGACUGGUAUGAUACACUAAGGAAUGCAGUUUGUUGUUGAAAUUACACUCUGCUUCAAUUGAGAGUGUUUUGAAAUGAAAGACACUUGGAUUGCGAACCUGUUACGUGACCAGAACUGAAUGUUGGUGUGCGGGACAAGGAUUUUAUAAACAAAUAAUAGAAGUUGUCUGUCGUCACUAAAAUCUGUCUCAGUACACUUUCCUUUCCUGCUCUUGAACGGACUUAGUUCUUAGAAUUUUGACAGCACCUCACAAUUCCACAAUCUCCGCCUAUUACAAGAAAAGGGCAGCAGGUGCAUGGGGAAAUUUAAAAAAUGAAGGAAAAGGGUGCUGGAAUAAAAACAAAGUCCAAAAGUAUGCACUAUUACUGCUGCAUUCUGAAACCAUUUGAAGAAUGUGCCGUCAGGUAAACAAAUUUACUAUAUAAUGAAACUUGUAAAUUAAGGAUACCUAAAGGACAUUAGGUGUCCUUUAUUUGCUGGUGUGUUUGGUUUUGAAAUUGUCAUUGGAGAUGAGCUAAAUAUUUUGGAAUUGGCUGAAUCUCCUGCAGCAUUGCUUUUUUUCACCCGCAAUUGGGAUUGUGCCCAAUUAUGGAACUUUGCCUACAGGAUGUGACUUCAGUUCAUUUUAUGUUUGUUGGAUUUCUUAGUUCAUUGCCAUCCCAAAAUCCUUUCCCAUUGGGAGAGGGGUGUCCUGAUUCUGGGAUCUACUAUGUUGGCAGCAUACCCAGAACAAGGUGACAGCUGAAGAACUGAAGUGCCUGGCAAGUUGCAACAAAAUUAGUGGGGAGAAUUAAUGUCUUGAAGACCCUUGAAUGAGACCACUUCUUUCUGCGCUGUUAAUGUUUGAAGUGUUGGGAAGUGAGUAGGUGGUGUUAAUAGCUCCUCAGUAGCUGAUGUACUGGUGGAGUAAGAUCCAACUCUGGUUGGAGGCAAUCCUGGAAGUUUGAUCACAUGUCCUGGGCCAUGUGGAGUUGAGUCAUAUGACACCAGAUUAAAUUACACAAGAUCAUAUGACUUCUACAAAUGUUUGAUUUACUGCAUGUAGAUUGGGGCCCCUGAGUAUCUUUAUUGGUUGAUUCACACAGCAACAGCUGUUCCAAGAAUGAGAAGAUAACCCAAGAGCAGGAAAAGAGAGAAAAUUGAGAAUGGAGGAAAAAGGGAAGCCAUUCUCUCCAACUCCUUUCCACCCCCUUCUCCUAACAUCCAUCUUGCCCCCCUCUGCCUUAUGAUUUCAGGGCCUCCAAUUUCUGGCUUUUGUGUAAAGGAGUCACUUAACUCAGUAUUUGUAGAACAGAAAAACCAUUCUAUACUUGUGAUAAAGCUGUGCAAAUAUUCAAUCCCAGAGAUAGUGGUUUCUCUGUCACUAUACAUGCAAGGUAAAGAGAUCUCCAUUGCACAAACACUUUUUUCUAACCUUGUGUUGCCUUGCACUUAACCUGCGUGUCCGGAGUCUUGGUGCAUUGAAGGCUGUCUGUAGUUUGUAUCUGUGGUUUUGAGUGGCACUGUGUAUCUGUUAUAAUGUAAGUUAUUUGGGACCGUCAGUUAUUGCCCAUGUAUUUGGAGUAACCGUUUGUACAGGUAUCACUGUAAUAUAUUAUGGUAUUGAGUACUUAAUUCAAAAGCAUGAAUACAACACAAGCUAUCAAACAUAAUAACUGUCUAGUUCAAAAGGUAUGCAACGAGAACAGUGUUACCGUAUGAAUUUCAACUAACAGUGUAGCUCCAAUAUUGCAACAUGUACAGAACAAAUAAAAGAAAUGGACCCUUAGUGUUUCUAACUAGAGCUGGAAACUUGAGUUAAAUUAUUCCAACAUGAACAUUCUUUGGGCUGGCUUAUCUUACAUUGCAGGCUUUAAAAUUAAUAUUGUAAGAUACAACAUUAUAUUUAAUGUGUAUUAAGUUUUGUCAUUGUUAUAUAAUCGUACAUAAAUGUCUGUGUGCACAGUAAAAAUUUGUCUGUAUUUUAAAAUCAAUAAAUCGGUUGGUUGUA